AGCUUGAUGGUGUCGAUGAUGAUGAGUAUGCUAGUAAAUGAAGUGCGAGCUAUUGAAAAUUUAGAUGUUGAGCGUAGUGAAGAAGAAGGGAUAGGUUCCUGUGCUAAAGAGUGUGCACUUAAAUGCCUUCCUCAAAUCAAUCCUCCACGUAUUAUAAUUUGCACGGCUCUUUGCAUAAUAGCAUGCAAACUUAAUCCCCCACCUGCCAUCUUCGAUUGUACCACUGGCUGUGCAAACUCCAUAAUCAAAACCUACAACCCCACUGAUGCAAGGAAGAUAGAUAACAUCGUCGAUUCUUGCUACGAGACUUGCAAGAAUAACAAUUAGUAGGCCCGG